GAUGUAGGAGCGCACUACUGAGGGGUGCUGGACUUUCUGAGAUUUUUCAUUGGCGGAUGGAGUCCAAAAGCUCCAGUCAGGAAACGUGUCAGGUUUCAGGGAGCGGGUGGGGGAGUGACAUUUCUUCAGGGGGAGAGAGCGAGAGAGAGAGAGAAAGAGAGAGAGAGAGAGUGGAAGAAGAAGAAGGAGGAAAAAAGCCCCCAGCUUGACAAAAGCGCAUGAGAAGAACGACUGAGGUCCUCGGAGACUAAGCGCUUUGGCGUUCAGUGACCAGCCUGAGCUGUGUGUCGGCUGCGUGUGUGUGUGUGUGUGUGUGUGUGGCUGUGUGCGUGUGCGGAAUGCGUGUAGUGCGUGUAGUGCGUGGUUCCUGUGCGCGUGGGUGUAGGAGGACGUCGAGACAGCCGCUUUUCACACGUUUUUAAAGAAGUACUUCUUGUCUGAUUUGGAGGAGAGCAGAUUUCGGAUCAUCGGAGAAAUCCAGGAAUUUGUGCAAGGACCUGAAGAGGGAAAAAAGAGGAAAAAAAACCGCAUCAUUCGUCUGUUUUUGUCUGUUUGUUUCCCAGAACUGUUUGGACGGAUAAAUAAUAAUAAUAGCUAUAAUAAUAAUAAUAAUAAUAAUAAUAAGUCCUGAGGAUUUUUUCUCCUAAUGCUGGCAUUGCUCUUCUCUGCAGAGGAUCAGUGAUUUCUUUGGCUGCGGGUUUAAUUUAUUGAUUUAUUUAUCUAUUUAUUUUUGUGCUCCUGUUUUUUUUUUUUUUUUUUUUUUGCCGACUUGUGGAAUUUGGAAUAGUGAACUUUUCAGCUGGAAGAGAAAAGAAGUCGCUUGUUUCACUCGUUCAUGCGGAUUAAGAAGCUCAGAGCUCCGGGCCGCAGGAGUGAUUGGAUCCUUCCAGUGAGCUUCAGUUCAUGAGCUGCCGUCUGCAGUUCAUGGUCGGGUGGAGGCCCUCAGAUGGGAUCAGUGUCCAGGGGGAGGUGGAGGAAAGGGGGAUGGGGCGGUGUGUCCGCCACUGACGCCAUGCCCACCUGGCUAUGGCUCGUGGUCGCGCUUCUGCUGGUCAGCCUGGCAUCGACUGUCCGGGCACGGCCGCCCAUUGUGCCCAGCGAAGAGGAGGAGGCCACGAUCGCUGACGAGCCUCCCAUCAAUUCCGAGAGCUCAAAGGCCACCGUGUGCUCGGUGCACCCAGGAGACAUUGUGAAGCUGAACUGCCCGCUGCCCGAGGCAGCUGCCAUCGUGUGGACCAAAGACGGCACCUCGCUUAUUCCGGACAACCGUACGCUCAUUGAGCGCGAGCAGCUGCACAUCCGCCAUGCUGCACCGACUGACUCGGGCCUGUACGCAUGCCAGGCCACUGGCGCUAAGGCCACUGAUGCGGUUUGCUUCAUUGUUAAUGUCACAGAUACCAUCUCAUCCGGUGACGAUCAGGACGACGCUGAGCGAUCGGAUGAUGUCGGGGCAGACACCGAACAGAUGCGGGCACCACGAUGGACCUCGCCAGAAAAGAUGGAGAAAAAGCUCCACGCUGUACCAGCAGCCAACACAGUGAAGUUCCGAUGUGCAGCGGUGGGAAACCCAAUCCCGACGCUACACUGGCUCAAAAACGGCAGACCGUUCCGGCCAGAAGACCGCAUGGGUGGCUAUAGGGUCCGACACCAGCACUGGACUUUGAUCAUGGAGAGUGUGGUUCCUUCUGAUAAAGGCAACUACACCUGCGUGGUGGAGAACAAAUAUGGCUCGAUUAACCACACCUAUACCCUGGAUGUAGUUGAACGUUCUCCACACCGGCCCAUUCUCCAGGCGGGUCUGCCAGCCAACGCCACGGUGCACGUGGGAGAGGAGGCUCGCUUCGUGUGUAAGGUGUACAGCGACGCCCAGCCACACAUCCAGUGGCUACAUCACAUCAUGAAGAACGGCAGCCGCUACGCUCCUAACGGAGACCCUUACGUUCGAGUCCUCAAGACGGCAGGUGUAAACACCACGGAUAAAGAGAUUGAGGUCCUCUUCCUGCCCAACGUUACUUUCGAGGAUGCUGGUGAAUAUACGUGCUUGGCGGGUAACUCUAUUGGGAUCUCCUAUCACUCUGCUUGGUUGACGGUUCUUCCAGCCGAGAAGAACAUCGCAGAGCCUGAAUAUCCUCCGGACUACAUAGAGAUUGCCAUCUACUGCAUUGGCGUGUUCCUCAUCGCCUGCAUGGUGGUGAUCGUAGUUGUCUGCAGAAUGCGGACGUCCAUCAAGAAGCCUGAUUUCGGAGGCCAACCUGCUGUACACAAGCUCACCAAACAGAUCCCACUGCGCCGCCAGGUAACAGUUUCAGCUGACUCGAGCUCCUCGAUGAGCUCCAGCACGCCGCUGGUGAGAAUCACGACACGCAGAAGCUCCGAGCAUGAACACAUCAUCCCUGAGUAUGAACUCCCUGAAGAUCCUCGCUGGGAAUUUUCCAGAGACAAGCUGACGCUGGGUAAGCCUCUUGGUGAAGGCUGUUUCGGCCAGGUGGUGAUGGCAGAAGCGCUGGGCAUUGAUAAGGACAAACCCAAAGAAGCCGUUACUGUAGCAGUCAAGAUGUUAAAAGAUGAUGCGACAGAAAAGGACCUCUCAGACCUGGUGUCAGAGAUGGAGAUGAUGAAGAUGAUUGGCCGGCACAAAAACAUCAUCAACUUGCUGGGGGCGUGUACACAAGACGGUCCGUUAUACGUGAUAGUGGAGUACGCAUCCAAAGGGAACCUGAGGGAGUAUCUGAGGGCCAGGCGACCACCGGGGAUGGAGUACUCGUACGACAUCGCUCGUGUUUCUGAAGAACCUCUUACCUUUAAAGAUCUGGUCUCCUGCACUUAUCAAGUGGCCCGUGGCAUGGAGUAUUUAGCCUCCCAGAAGUGUAUACACAGAGACCUAGCUGCCAGAAACGUGUUGGUCACCGAGAGCAAUGUGAUGAAGAUUGCAGACUUUGGCUUGGCCAGGGACGUCCACAACAUCGAUUACUAUAAAAAGACCACCAAUGGUCGCUUGCCGGUGAAGUGGAUGGCUCCCGAGGCGCUUUUCGACCGCGUAUACACACACCAGAGCGAUGUAUGGUCGUUCGGGGUGCUCAUGUGGGAGAUCUUCACAUUGGGUGGAUCACCGUACCCUGGAAUUCCUGUGGAAGAGCUCUUCAAACUCCUAAAGGAGGGCCAUCGCAUGGACAAACCAGCCAACUGCACCAAUGAUCUGUAUAUGAUGAUGAAAGACUGUUGGCACGCAAUCUCUUCACAGAGGCCCACAUUCAAGCAGCUGGUGGAGGAUUUGGACCGCAUUCUCACGCUGGCAAGCCAAGAGGAAUACAUUGACCUGUGCGCUCCAACAGAGCAGUACUCGCCGUGUUUCCCGGACACUCGUAGCUCUUGCUCGUCUGGAGACGACUCAGUGUUCUCUCACGAGCCCUUACCGGACGAGCCGUGCCUUCCCAAAUACCAGCACAUCAACGGUGGCAUGAAAACAUGAGGCUCCUGGAAGCUCACGAUGCACCACCAGGAGACCUGUGACUCCUCAAACUCUUGUCUUCCUCUACUUUUUGCCUCGUUCCCUUCCCUCACUGCUCCCGCUGGACUUACGGAGCAUGGGAUGCAGGGAUUCCCGGCAAUGCUGCUGUCCUUUAAGAUGAACUAGUAAGUGUGUGAUGGUGAUGAUACACAAAAUGUGUACACUCACACACUCUCUCAAAAAACGUGACCAAGCUCUUAAAUAGAGAUUGUGGACCCAAUAAUACUUUUUAAAUUAGAUUUUUUUUUUUUUUUACUUUGACUGAAAGAUGAGUUAUUCCCAAGGGUCCGCUCUCUGUUUUUUUUUUUUUUUUUUACUUCCAUUUCGCUUUGUGUUCUCGACGUUCUUCAGCGUUCUGGCCAGUGAUUCCACGGUGCAGCUUGGCAUUCCAAGGACUCUUCAUUACCGAGAAAAAAAAAAAUGGACCACACUAAAUGAAACGGGCGAGAGACUAAAAGGGAGAAAAACAGGAAACUUGUUAAAAAGGAAAACUCCAGCUAGCACAUAAAAGGACAUGAAAAAAAACCUACACUGCUUAUGGUCUAUUUUUGAAAGAUUUUUGAAAGAUUGUUUUUUUUUUUUCCACAUUCCAUUUUUAUAUUGAUAACACAGUUAUCAAAUGAAAGCCCAUGCAGUUAUUCUUAAAGGAUAAAAAAAAUACAUGGUAUAUAGUUUUGGGUAUAUUUGUAAAUAUAUUAAAAAUAUGUAAAAUAUAUAAAUUUAUAUAUAAAUAUUAUAUUUACAGUGAAUUAUUUUUUUGUAUGGACUCCUGAAUAAUUCCUCGUUUUUGUUCACUUUCCUCGAGUGGACAAAUUUCCUUUGUUUGUGUUUUUUUUUUUUUUUUACAAUGUAUUUUUUUUCUAUUCUACAACAUUCCCAGAAAUAUGUUCAGACACACACAUACACACACACACACACACACAAAGGAACCUGUCUUAACUUCACUUGCUGACACAGCAUUGGCUUUCAGGGAAAGAGAUAGCAUGUUAAUUUAUUGACGUAUUGUUUAAAAAAAUGAAUCAAAACUACAAAAAAUCAAUACAGUAAUGAAAAUAUGAAUUAAUUACAGUAGAAACAAUUAUUCAUAAUGAUUUUUUUUUUUAACUUAAAGAGAUAUUUCAUUGACACAAUGGUACAAAGAAUAUUUUUUUGUAGUGGGUACUCAGCACAUUCAUGCUUCCAAUGUUUUUGUAUACACAAAUGUGAAUAUUAAGUUAAAUAUAAAAUAAUGUACAUUUUUAUAGCCAGCUAAUCCCUUUUUUUUGUAGAGGAUCUUGUUUUAACCAGCUAAUUUUACUCCGUGCCAAGGUUUUGCAUUCGAAUGUGAUAAAUUCAGGAUAUUUGUUAGAGGGAUAAAGGAUCGUUUUGCAGAAACAACCGUUAGCCUUCUAUUAAUUGAUUUACAGGUACAACACAGUUCUCAGAAUCAUUCACACACACACACACAGACACACACACACACACACACACAUGUGCGCGGGCAAAAGUAUUACAAUUUGUUCAAGUAUUCAUUUUCAUAUCUACCUGACAGAUGAGAUGAUAUUGUUCUCAACAAGUGUUCCUGAUAGAUUUGCAAAAUUAAAGAUUAAAACAUGA